AUGCCCUCACCCUCAUCUCUGCCCUCCCAUGCCCUCACCCUCCUCUCUUCCCUCCCAUGCCUUCACCCCCCUCUCUUCCCUCUCAUGCCCUCGCCCUACUCUCUGUCCUCCCAUGCCCUCACUCUCCUAUCUGCCCUCCCGAACCGUCACCCUCCUCUUUUCCCUCCCAUGCCGUCACACUCCUCUCUGCCCUCCCAUGCCCUCACCCUCCUCUCUGCCCUCCCAUGCCCUCACCCUCCUCUCUGUCCUCCCAUGCCGUCACCCUCCUCUCUGUCCUCCCAUGCCCUCACCCUCCUAUCUGCCCUCCCGAACCGUGUCCCUCCUCUCUUCCCUCCCAUGCCGUCACCCUCCUCUAUGCCCUCCCAUGCCCUCACCCUCCUCUCUGCCCUCCCAUGCCCUCACCCUCCUCUCUUCCCUCUCAUGCCCUCGCCCUCCUCUCUUCCCUCUCAUGCCCUCACCCUCGUCUCUGCCCUCCCAUGCCCUCACCCUCCUCUCUGUCCUCCCAUGCCGUCACCCUCCUCUCUUCCCUCUUAUGCCCUCACCCUCCUCUUUGACCUCCCAUGCCCUCACCCUCCUCUCUGCCAUCCCAUGCUCCCACCCUCCUGCUCUGCCCUCCCAUACACUCACCCUCCUCUAAACCCUCAUCAACCUCCCUGGUCUAAGCCCUUCCCCCUCUCUAUUCACUCGCCCCUCCACCCUCCUCCUCCCCCUCGCUCCCCCCUCUCCGCCCGACCCCCUUCUUUCCCCCAUUACACCUUCCCCCUCCUCUCCUCCCCCAGCGCCCUCCCCGCACUCUCCGGCGCGGCCAAGCUGACCAUCAUUGGCAAUUGUACCUCCGCCAAGUGCAUCAUCAGCGGGGGUGGCGCCUUCCCCAUAUUCACCUCCCCCUCGUCCGGCCCCACAGGGGGAGAGUUGACUCUGGUCAACCUCAACUUCCAGCGGGCGGCAGGAGGCGUCUUUUUCAACGUGCGGGCGGCGAUCAACGCGAGUCAAUGCGGAUUCGUCGGAAGCACGGCUCCUAGCGUUGGCGGAGGGGUGCUCAGUGACUCCUUCCCUGAAGCAGCAACCCCUACCAACCGCUUCUUCUCGUACUGCACCUUCUACAACAACACAGCACCCACUGGGGAGGGAGGUGCAAUCAACAUCAACGAGGGGAACCCCGAGGGCAGCGGGCCUAAUGUGACGUUCGUGUACUGUGUCUUUCAAAACAACACGGCAACUGUUGGGAAGGGUGGUGCCAUUAGCAUUAACUUGGGGGAUCCCUAA